GCAACACUUUGAAUCAGCACUGACACCGUCGUCUGAACUCUACAACCACACAUAUCGUAUACUUACUAGCAUCGAACAACCCCGCAGUUCCAGAACGAUCCGAGCGCCGCUCUUUAUAACACCGCGGCUUCCUGCACAAAAUGAGAGCAUCUCUGUUCUCCGGCUCCGGCGGCCGCGCUGCCACUUACCUCUGCGCCGCCUGUCGUCGGGAGGCGAGAGCGACAUUAUCAUCCCGGAGCAUGGUAGCACCGAGAGCCGCGCAACGAACCCUCCAAACCGCGGCGACACCACCCGUCCAGAGGACAACCGCCCAACGCUGGUCCAUCCCAACACAAGCCCGCUACAGCUCAACCUCAGCCUCUUCAAAGACAGAAACCACCUCCUCAACCCCACCAUCCAGCAUCCCGACGUACUACGCCCUCUUCCCCGAGACCCUCCCCGACGGCCCGCCGCCCACAGGCAAAUUCCCCAUCGACCUCCGCGCCCUGCGCACCGAGUUCCUCCGCCUACAAGCCGCCUCCCACCCCGACUUCCACCACUCGGCCUCCCAAACCCCGUCCUCCACCUCCCCCCAAACCACAGGAAACAACACCAAAUCCGCCGCCCGCCUCCACGCCGAAGCCACAUCCGCCCAGAUCAACGCCGCCUACAAAACCCUCUCCUCGCCGCUCCUCCGCGCGCAGUACCUCCUGCGCGAGCAGCACGGCGUGGACCUCGAGGGCGACGAGGCCGGCGCGCAGGCGGCGCCGGACCCGGAGCUCCUGAUGACGGUGCUGGAGGCGCGCGAGGUGAUCGAGGAGGCCGACAGCGAGGCGGAUCUGGAGGAGGUGCGGCUCGCCAACGAGGCGCGCAUCGACGAGUGCGAGGCGCGGCUGGGGGAGGCGCUGGAGAAGGGGGACGUGGCGGCCGCGAAGGAGGAGGCGGUGCGGUUGCGGUAUUGGGUUAAUAUUAGGGAGGGGGUUAGGGGGUGGGAGAGGGGGAAGCCGGUUGUUUUGCAGCAUUGAGGGGGUGUUGGGACAGAGGAAAGAGAUGGUGGAGGGAGGAGGGGAGGAUUAAUCGGUUGGGCUUUGAUUGUUUUUCACUGCGCCGGGCGGAUAUUUUAGAUGGCUGGUAGUGUGUUAGCGUAUUUGAGGGGAAAAUACCCAACUCUGACAAUGUAUUUAUUCAGUCGUGUGCCGGUUCGUGUUGUUAGCGCUGGGAUGGAACCGAAGAGAGACAUGUCUGUGGUUUUGUCGGUAAGGUGGAAUAGAGAAGAAUGGAAAAUGAAAAGGACCAAGAAUGGUUCCAGGG